CAUGUGAUGUAGCACAAGAGCUGUCAGGCUCCAUUUAUUGCAGAAACACAUGUUGUUCAGAUCAGAGGUCAAACUUGUUUCACUUCCUCAGGAAGUGAACCUCAAACAGUCGUUGCCACUGAGAGCUGAGAUGGCGCAGAAAGGAGUUCAGCUAGACCGAGAAACCUUCUCUUGUUCCAUCUGUCAGGAUCUACUGAAGGAUCCGGUGACUAUUCCCUGUGGACACAGCUACUGCAUGAGCUGUAUUAAAGGCUCCUGGGAUGAAGAGGAUCAUAGGAAGAUCUACAGCUGCCCUCAGUGCAGACAGACCAUAACACAGAGGCCUGUCCUGAUGAAAAACACCAUGUUAGCAGCUUUAGUGGAGCAGCUGAAGAAGACUGGACUCCAAGCUGCUCCUGUUGAUCACUGCUAUGCUGGACCUGAAGAUGUGGCCUGUGAUGUCUGCACUGGGAGGAAGCUGAAAGCCCUCAAGUCCUGUCUGGUGUGUCUGGCCUCUUACUGUGAGAAACACCUGCAGCCUCAUUAUGAUGCAGCUCCACUAAAGAAACACAAGCUGGUUGAGCCCUCAGAGAAGCUCCAGGAGAACAUCUGCUCUCGUCAUAAUGAGGUGAUGAAGAUGUUCUGCCGUACUGAUCAGCAGAGUAUCUGUUAUCUCUGCUCUAUGGAGGAACAUAAAGGCCACGACACAGUCUCAGCUGCAGCAGAAAGGACUGAGAGGCAGAGAGAGCUCGAGGUGAGUCGACAAAACAUCCAGCAGAGAAUCCAGGACAGAGAGAAAGAUGUGAAGCUGCUUCAACAGGAGGUGAAGGCCGUCAAUCGCUCUGCUGAUAAAGCAGUGGAGGACAGUGAGAAGAUCUUCACUGAGCUGAUCAGUCUCAUCCAGAAAAGAAGCUCUGAUGUGAAGCAGCAGAUCAGAUCCCAGCAGGAAACUGAAGUGAGUCGAGUCAAAGAGCUUCAGGAGAAGCUGGAGCAGGAGAUCACUGAGCUGAAGAGGAAAGACGCUGAACUGAAGCAGCUGUCACACACAGAGGAUCACAUCCAGUUUCUACACAACUACCCCUCACUGUCACAACUCAGUGCAUCUACAGACUCACCCAGCAUCAAUAUCCGUCCUCUGAGAUACUUUGAGGAUGUGACAGCAGCUGUGUCAGAGCUCAGAGAUCAACUACAGGACAUCCUGAAGGAGAAAUGGACAAACAUCUCACUGACAGUGACUGAAGUGGACGUUUUACUGUCAGAAGCAGAACCCAAAACCAGAGCUGGAUUCUUAAAAUAUUUAUGUGAAAUCACACUGGAUCCAAACACAGCAAACACAUAUCUGUUAUUAUCUGAGGGGAACAGAAAAGCAACAUUCAUGAGUCGACCACAGUCUUCUCAUCACCCAGACAGAUUCAUUGGAUGGUGGCAUCAGGUCCUGAGUAGAGAGAGUCUGAUUGGACGUUGUUACUGGGAGGUGGAGUGGAGAGGGGAUGGAGUUUGUGUAGCAGUCGCAUACAAGAAUAUCAGCAGAGCAGGAGACUCAAAUGAAUGUGGAUUUGGAUUUAAUGACAAAUCUUGGAUGUUAGAUUGUAACACUGACAGUUAUACAUUUUGGUUCAACAACAUCAAAACUCCCGUCUCAGGUCGUCGUUCCUCCAGAGUAGGAGUGUACCUGGAUCACAGAGCAGGUAUUCUGUCCUUCUACAGCGUCUCUGAAACCAUGACUCUCCUCCACAGAGUCCAGACCACAUUCACUCAGCCUCUCUAUGCUGGACUUUAUCUUUAUUUCUCUGGAGCCACAGCUGAGUUGUGUAAAGAUUCGACUCACAAGGUGGAGCUCUACGUUUUCCACACGAUCCGCCACUACGCCUUCGACCGCAUGAUGAAGAGCGCCGACUUCUUCCUGCUGCAGUCCAACUCGCAGUACGUCACCUGGUGGUCGGUGGCCCUCAGCCUCCUCAUCGUCACCUCCGGAUUCAUGUUCGUCAGUAGCAUGUAUCCGGCUCCGGAAGUGAACCUCAGACAGUCGUUGCCACUGAGAGCUGAAAUGGCGCAGAAAGGAGAUCAGCUGGACCGGGAAACCUUCUCUUGUUCGAUCUGUCUGGAUCUACUGAAGGAUCCGGUGACUAUUCCCUGUGGACACAGCUACUGCAUGAGCUGUAUUAAAGGCUUCUGGGAUGAAGAGGAUCAGAGGAAGAUCUACAGCUGCCCUCAGUGCAGACAGACCAUAACACAGAGGCCUGUCCUGGUGAAAAACACCAUGUUAGCAGCUUUAGUGGAGCAGCUGAAGAAGACUGGACUCCAAGCUGCUCCUGCUGAUCACUGCUAUGCUGGACCUGAAGAUGUGGCCUGUGAUGUCUGCACUGGGAGGAAGCUGAAAGCCCUCAAGUCCUGUCUGGUGUGUCUGGCCUCUUACUGUGAGAAACACCUGCAGCCUCAUUAUGAUGUAGCUCCAUUAAAGAAACACAAACUGGUCGACCCCUCGGAGAAGCUCCAGGAGAACAUCUGCUCUCGUCAUGAUGAGGUGAUGAAGAUGUUCUGCCGCACUGAUCAGCAGAGUAUCUGUUAUCUCUGCUCUGUGGAUGAACAUAAAGGCCACGACACAGUCUCAGCUGCAGCAGAAAGGACUGAGAGGCAGAGAGAGCUCGAGGUGAGUCGACAAAACAUCCAGCAGAGAAUCCAGGACAGAGAGAAAGAUGUGAAGCUGCUUCAACAGGAGGUGAAGGCCGUCAAUCGCUCUGCUAAUAAAGCAGUGGAGGACAGUGAGAAGAUCUUCACUGAGCUGAUCCGUCUCAUCCAGAAAAGAAGCUCUGAUGUGAAGCAGCAGAUCAGAUCCCAGCAGGAAACUGAAGUGAGUCGAGUCAAAGAGCUUCAGGAGAAGCUGGAGCAGGAGAUCACUGAGCUGAAGAGGAAAGAUGCUGAACUGAAGCAGCUCUCACACACAGAGGAUCACAACCAGUUUCUCCACAACUACCCCUCACUGUCACAACUCAGUGCAUCUACAGACUCAUCCAGCAUCGAUAUCCGUCCUCUGAGACACUUUGAAGAUGUGACAGCAGCUGUGUCAGAGCUCAGAGAUCAACUACAGGACAUCCUGAGAGAGAAAUGGACAAAUAUCUCACUGACAGUGACUGAAGUGGACGUUUUACUGUCAGAAGCAGAACCCAAGACCAGAGCUGGAUUCUUAAAAUAUUCAUGUGAAAUCACACUGGAUCCAAACACAGCAAACACAUAUCUGUCAUUAUCUGAGGGGAACAAAAAAACAACAUUCAUGAGUCGACCACAGUCUUAUUCUCGUCACCCAGACAGAUUCACUGUAUGCAGUCAGGUCCUGAGUAGAGAGAGUCUGACUGGACGUUGUUACUGGGAGGUGGAGUGGAGAGGGAGAGGAGUUUGUGUAGCAGUCGCAUACAAGAAUAUCAGCAGAGCAGGAAACUCGAAUGAAUGUCGAUUUGGAUUUAAUGACAAAUCUUGGAUGUUAAAUUGUAACAUUAACAGUUAUGAAUUUAAGUUCAACAACAUCCAAACUCACGUCUCAGGUCCUGGUUCCUCCAGAGUAGGAGUGUACCUGGAUCGCACAGCAGGUAUUCUGUCCUUCUACAGCGUCUCUGAAACCAUGACUCUCCUCCACAGAGUCCAGACCACAUUCACUCAGCCUCUCUAUGCUGGACUUUGGCUGUAUAAAGGAGUCACAGCUGAGUUGUGUAAACUCAAAUAGACAGAAGUCAUUUCAGACUUCAUGUGUCAGA